GUAGAAUCCUCGGCCAGUACCUGUGUCGGACGGUCGGUGGGUACCGGACUGACGGUACCAAGGUAUCGCCAGAUGGUAUUGAGGUACCGUGACCGGUGCUGAAAACCCCGCUUUGCGUAUUUGUUGUUCCAAUCAAGUCACAGACUGAUUCCGAGACCUUCUGUGCUAUAUGGCGGUGGGUCGGGGUGUUACACCCGGUAUCACAACAAAGUGUGUCAGCUUCGACUCAUAACAUGCUGAGACUCCUGAUGCAGAGGUUAUCCUCGAGCAAGGAUACUGGGGUGGGGACUAGCUAGGUUGGUUCAUCAGGUAUAGGAGGCAAUGAUUCUCAAGUCCACCUCACAGCUUCACACCCAUACAUGAUUCUAAGAUUAUGCACUCUUCUCCACUGCUUUAAAACUGGGUUGUACAUCACCUGUUGUGGAGGCUUUAAAAAUACGAAAACCAAGAAUAAGCAUGAUGAAAAAGCCUCUGAACUAAUUAAAAAAAUGUCUCUGAUCCGUCGCAACUUCUACUACGGAGUUCCUUUCUGUUGCAAAUCCCAGACCUCAUGUGUGCUACAAAAAAGUCAUUUGCUCGUCGCAAGUAAACUAUAGUGGUGGAUUGUGAUGUACGAGUAAAUUUAUUUACCCGGGGUAAAUUACAUUUAUAUUUCAUUAUUUAUUGGCCUCAAACAAUUCUGAAAAUCGCGAUUCUGCAAUUCCCUCUCAAAGUCAUGGCGAUGUUAUCUCGGCUUCGCCACUCCGCCAUUACCGCCCUUUCUCGUGGGAGUCUCAAUACCAUCUCUCCCAGCCGUCACUGUCUCUCCGGUCGCCGGAAUCCUCAUUUUUCUAUUCCACGCGUCCCAUUCUCCUCCGCCGCCUCCGGCCGGAAUAAUGAUCGCAGACCCUUUUCAGGCUUUUUGGCUGGCUGGAGAUCCAGAGUCGCCGCCGACCCUCAGUUCCCGUUCAAAGUGGCGAUGGAACAGGUGGUCGGCGUCGGCGCCUGCGUCGCCGGUGACAUGGCCACCCGCACUAAUUUCGGCCUCGGCGAGCUCGAUUUCGUCUUCUCCACUCUAAUCGUCAGCUCCAUUCUCAAUUUCCUGCUGAUGUACCUCCUAGCUCCGACUCAAUCGUCCACCGCCGCCUCCCGAUCUCCACCGUCGAUCUUCGCGGACUGCCCCCGGAGCCACAUGUUCGAGCCCGGGAAUUACGGCGUCCUCCGGCGUCUGGGCACGUUCGCUUACAAGGGGGCUCUGUUCGCCGCCGUCGGAUUCGGGGCAGGGCUGGUGGGGACCGCCGUUUCCAACGGGCUGAUCGGGAUAAGGCAGAAGACGGAGCCGGGGUUCGAGGCGCCGAACAGACAGCCUCCGACGGUUCUGAACGCCGCCACCUGGGCGGCUCACAUGGCACUCAGCAGCAAUCUGAGGUACCAAGCGUUGAACGGAAUCGAAUUCUGGCUGGCGAAGCGGCGGCUCAGCCCGGUGGCGUUCAAGAGCUCUGUGGGGGUGCUAAGGUGUCUGAAUAACGUGGUUGGAGGGAUGUCGUUUGUGUUUUUGGCCAGGUUCACUGGCUCGCAACAGACACACUCAACCCCAAACUAGUUUGUUUUUCUUUCUACUUCUAUGUUUUAAAACAUUGAUCCUAAUGUCAUGAAAUGACUCUGAACCAAUAUUUCAGUGGAAAAAUUGAUGGUUCAUAUUUCUUUAUACUCUGUAUCUUUCUAGCUCCAUUGUACCCUCAAUCCCUCUAAGAUCACCAAUUAGCUAAUGGUUGUAUGGUGCAAAGAGGCAAAAGGUUAGGAAGGUAGGAACUAUAAUUUUACCAGCGGAGUCGCAUAAUCGGCUUGAGUCAUGCU